GCCUGACAAGGCCGCCGCCGCAGCAGCAGCAGAAGGAAUGCGAAGCGCUCCUCCCCAGUGAUCCCUUCUCUAUUUUGGUGCCUCUCCCCUCCUUCCCCCUCCGUGUCUCUCGCUGCUGAGCCCAUGACGUAAUGGUUUAUGUUAAUGAUUAGCAUGUGGGAAGCCUGGGCUGGCGCUUCCCAGCCUUACUGUGCGCUUGUGUGUGUGUGCGCGGCUCGGGGGGACAGAUGCUGCAACUCAACAUGGCAAAGCCCAGGGAGGAAGAGCAACAGCUCGUCUAGUUUGGCCGAACGGUGGCAGCGGCACAUGAGCAGGAAGAGCAGCCAGCAUGCGUGUGGGGAAGUUGUGAGCAUUGCUUUGGAAUGCGGGUGUGGAGGGUCUGGGAAGCAAACCAGGGGACUGGAGAUCUGGAACAGCAUUACUAAAGUAACGGCAGUCCAUACUACAAAUACAAAAAUGUUUUCGGCAGAAGAAAAAGCUAUACAUUAAUUGUACUAUUGUGAUCUCUAUCGAAGAGCCCCCAGUAAAGGAAAAGAAAAGAAAAGAAAAAGGAAAAAGCUGUAAUAUAAUCGAUAUACACACUGGUGAUAGUAAAACUUUUCCUUGGAUUCUGAAAAUCUCCCCAAAAUCAUGAUGUUUCGAGACCAAGUGGGAAUGCUUUCUGGAUGGUUUAAAGGUUGGAACGAGUGUGAGCAGACUGUUGCUCUUCUAUCUCUCCUGAAAAGGGUAAGCAGGACCCAAGCCAGAUUCCUACAGAUCUGCCUGGAGCAUUCUCUGGUUGAUUGUACAGAACUGCACAUACUUGAAGGAGAAGCCAACAAUCCUGCAAUCAUUAACCAGUGGCAGCAAGAAUCCAAGGACAAAGUGAUAUCUCAGCUGUUAACCCACCUGCCUUUACUAAAGCCUGGAAACAUUGAUGCAAAAGUGGCAUACAUGAAACUACUGCCUAAAAUCCUGGCUCAUUCAAUUGAACAUAACCAGCAUAUAGAGGAAAGCCGCCAGCUUCUGUCCUAUGCGUUAAUACACCCAGCCACAUCUUUGGAUGAUAGGAGUGCCCUGGCCAUGUGGUUGAACCACCUGGAGGAUCGCACAUCAGGAAACUUUAGCACCCAGAGUCGUUGCCGCUCUGAUUCUCUGGAUUAUGGGCAGAUGCAGUAUUACCACCAAAGACAGAACUCUGAUGACAAACAGAACGGCUGGCCGAAUUCUCGAGAUUCAGGGAUAUGCGUCAGUUCCUCUGGUUGGCAAGAGAAAAACACAGGCUGUGAGAAUGGGCAUUUGCCUCUGUACUCUUCCUCCUCAGUCCCUUCCACCAUCAAUGCUAUUGGAACAAACACAAGCACAAUUCUCUCAGGCCAGACACAUCACAGCCCUUUGAAAAGAUCUGUUUCUCUUACCCCACCCAUGAAUGUGCCAAACCAGCCUCUAGGACAUGGAUGGAUGUCUCAUGAGGACUUACGAGCCAGAGGAUCUCAGGGCAUCCCCUCCGAUCAUGCACCCCUAUCACCACAAAGCAGUGUAGCCUCUUCAGGAAGCGGUGGGAGUGAGCACUUAGAAGAACAGUCAACUGCACGCAACACAUUCCAAGACGAAGGUAGUGGUAUGAAAGAUGUUCCUGCUUGGCUUAAAAGUCUUCGUCUACACAAGUAUGCAGCACUCUUCUCCCAUAUGAGCUAUGAAGAAAUGAUGUCGCUGAAUGAAUGUCAGCUGGAGGCACAAAAUGUCACCAAAGGUGCAAGGCACAAAAUAGUCAUCAGUAUACAGAAGCUGAAAGAGAGACAUAACCUAUUAAAGACUUUAGAAAGGGACAUUCUAGAAGGAGGCAAUUUACGUGUUCCUCUGCAGGAGUUGCAUCAGAUGAUCCUUACCCCAAUCAAAACUUACUCUCCACAAAACUCCAACACAGAGGAACAUAAUCGAGAGGCAGAUUCUCAGCCAACUUUGCUGGUGGCUGAAAACCAAGCAUCUGAAAGUAAGGACUCUGCUUCAGCAGGAAUCCAACAGCAUCAUAUCAGCAAUUGUGAGACUGAAAGUGGAGGUGUUCCCUUACCUGAAGGUGAUCUUCCAGGCCAGUUUACAAGAGUUAUGGGUAAAGUCUGUACGCAGCUUUUGGUUUCCAGACCUGAUGAGGAAAAUAUCAGUUCCUACUUGCAGUUAAUUGACAAAUGCCUUACCCAUGAAGCAUUUACGGAGACACAGAAGAAGAGAUUGUUGUCAUGGAAACAACAAGUGCAGAAGCUCUUUAGGUCUUUCCCUCGGAAGUCCCUUUUGGAUGUCGCUGGAUACCGGCAGCAAAGAAAGACUAGUGUUGAUGUGCUCAUUGGCAGCCGAGCCUUUGGACAGUCCAACUCCUUACCAACAGCUGGAUCUGUAGGUUCAGGAAUAGCAAGAAGAAACCCACGGCAGUUCCAGAUUCCUUCUCGAAAUCUUCCUAGUACUCGGCUUAGUCUGCUUGGUGCAAGCAGUCUUCUGGGAGCACCACAGAGGGCUUCUGCAAGCAAUCCUGCCAUGUUAAAGCAAGGACGACAGAAUCUGUGGUUUGCAAACCCUGGUGGAAGUAACAGCAUGCCAAGCCGAACACACAGCUCUGUACAGAGGACUCGCUCAUUGCCUGUCCAUACCUCUCCACAAACAAUGCUGAUGUUUCAACAGCCAGAUUUUCAGGUACCAGUGACAGAGCCAGAUAUUAAUAAUAGGCUGGAAUCCUUGUGUCUGAGUAUGACGGAACAUGCCUUGGGUGGUCUCCCUUUCGAUUCUACAGAUGGGGUUGACAGGACUUCAACAAUCUAGAAGCUGAAGGUACCUUGUGAAAGCGCUGGGCGUGACACAGAGAACUGCAGGUGCAGUGUCAGGAAUCAUCACCCCACUCCCGGAUACGCCAAACACACAAUUUGCCUUUUUAUUUGUUUAUUUUAGAAGGAGAUUUAAAAAAAAAAAGUUGAAAUAUUGUGAAAGCAUAAGCUGUGCUUGCAAAUGGAUCACAAAAAUGAAUAUUUGUUAUUUUAUAUAUAAAAGUUCAAACAAACAAAAAAAUGUGCUUUGAGCUAGAAUCCUUUUCCUGAAUGAAAAGCAGAGUCUUUGAGAAAACAGUUAAAUUAUCUUAUUAUUGUAAAGGAACUGCCAUAUGCGCUUUUGUCCCAUUCUGGUGGUUUUACCAGCAUGUGUGACCAAAAGAACAAAAAGAGGAGUUCAUGCUUUGUGUUACUUACUUCACUUAAAUUUAGUUGAAAAUUCCCCCCAUUAACUUUUGCUUUAUGUUUACAUGGAUGUAACUGUUAUGGGUACAUAAAUAAUUCAGGUAAGCCUUCAUUACCUUAAUUAUAGAAGUUUUUUUUGGGGGGGGGGGGGAUUUCUUAGCAGCCGGUUUGCAAUUUGUACCAACAUUGCUUGGGGGUGGUCACUAAAGGUCACUAGAAAGACAUUGGCACAGAGUGGCCACUCCUCCAUAUGCUUUAAGCUACCACCCACUGGCCAUUCCUUUAGCCAAUUUGCUUGUGUUCUGCCAAACAGAUGUGCUGUGAACAAUCAGAUUUUAAUUGGGCUGUCGGGUUUAGAAUGUCCCUUGGCUAAUGGGGCUCCCAGUGAUCCUUUCGUUCAGCCCAGCUAAUAAUCUGAUUUCUGCCAUUUGGCUACAUGUGCGUGUGUGACUGGACUGGCCACAGAUCUUUCAAUUUAGAUUCAUCUAGCCAUGUAUGACCAUCUUAAGCAAGUUUCCUUGAGUCGGUGUCCAUGCUUGUAAAGCCCUUGACACCAUUUAGUAAGUCUUGGCCAUAUAUUGAAGGAGUUUAUUUUUGAAGGUGCUGAAAAUGUUCUAAAAGAAGUCUAAGAAAGGAAAAUGGAAGUGAAGAAUAGAGGAUAAGAGAUUUUCUAUUAAAAAAUUAAAAAAAAAGUUUUCCAUAAUUCAAAUGAGCCGCAUAAAGUCAAUCAGUUUUUCUCUUUCUCAACAUAGGUUAACCGAAAUACUGAAUUUGGCAUUGAAAGUCAUAAAAAAAAAAUUAAAAAAGGAUUUGUGCAAUCUCCUAUUCAUUAUAGUUAAGUUUGAAAGUCAUGUGACUUUAUAUGUUGAGCUGAGUCCAAAUCCUGCAAAAAGUGUGGGAAUUUAUCUGAAUUUUGUAUUCGGUGUAUCUGUACUUUUUUAACAAAGUACUUAAAAUUCUUAUUAAAGUAUUCAUGUUCCAAGGCUAUGCAUUUUGGGGCUUCAUGAGUACUUUUCUGCAUUAAAGUAUAUGGCACUUAUCCUGAGUGGAUGUUAACUGAUAUUUUGUCUUGAAUAAAGCUUAAUUAUUCAGACCUUUUCAUAACUGUAGAGUAUGCAAACUCCAGGGCACCAGUGUCAAAUGCAUGGCCCUCCAGCUUUGUGUACUGUAGCAGAAUGCUGGGAUUUGGGAUUAACAAAAGCUGGAGAGCCAUGGGUAUGGCUUCUCUGUUUAUGUACAAAAGCUAUCAAGUUAACAUUUAAAGGGAACUUGCAGAUGUUCUACAUAAUAUUUUGGCCUUACUGUACUAAAGCAGAGGCAUAGUAGCCCUUUAGUUGUGUAAAUAUCUACCUCCAAAAUGUCCAUGUAGUUUACCUAACCUAUUGUCAACAGGAGCUGCCUCUCUUUUAGGGUGUACCUGCUGGCCCGCCAGCUGCCAGCACUGAACUGGAAGUGCUGCUGUAGUGGAACCACGAUAGGGGAUUUAUAUAAGAAAAAUAAAAGGCAAGUGAGUGAAUAGCAUUCUCCUCUUUUUGAAGGUACUCAUACUAUGGCAAAGUUGCCAGGCAUUCUUUAUUUGCCAUUUAACAUAUACAUAACUGCCAAAUCACUGGGUACUUGUAAAGAACUUCUGUUUUUGAACAGAGACAUAGUUACCAAACACAGGGUAUUUUUAAAGUACUUCUAUUCUUGGUCUGAUUAGUAAAUUAUGUGAACCCUGCAUGGUUGUACAGGAAACAAAGCCAGUAUAUAUCUGGUGUGAUUAAUAGUUAGCAUUAUGUAUAUUUUAUAGAAUACACCCACAGAUAAACCCUGUAAUUAGGGGCAAGUACAAUAAUGUUAUUUAUUGGAUAGCACUAGUUAAUAUGCUUCCAUCCAGCAAUUAUCUUUUAUGUUUCCCAAGGGGAGAUCUGAAAAGUGUAAUUUAUGUGCAUCCAAUGGUAACCAUUUUAUGUGUCAAAUCUAAGUUACCUAGGACCAGCACAACCUUACUUUGUUCUCUACCUUAUCCUUUUAACACUAGCCAUAUAUAUAAUGAAUACAAUUACAUAGCCUAAUUGCCCUUUUUUUCUAAGAACCAUGCAAUAUUGUCUUCAACUAAUUACUAGUAGCAUGUAGUGUGGGGAUUUCACAUAUGGUCAGUACUAUUAGGUGAGGAGGCAAUUGUUCUGAAUGCAACAAGAUAAUUAGCUUUAAUAUAUUGAAAGAUAAGCUUAUCAGAUCUUUAGAUUAAAUGGAGACACCAAAAUCAGUGCUGCAGGAAAGAAUCCAUUUUUAAAGUACAAGGAGUGAUAUCCAUUUCCUCAAAAAUUCCCCUUUAAAGAGGAUCAGUUUUAAAGACCUGUGAAUGCAGUAUUAAAAUCUCUGAAUGAAAGUAUGAAGUAUGUAUCAUUAAUCUUAAUUUCUGGCCUCACCACAUCUGAGCAAUUAGAAUUGGAUAUAAAAUUGGAUGCUAGUUCUUGCAGGGGCACAGAGCACUUAAAACUGCACCACAAAUUCUUACUGUGAAACUGGGCAAGCUAUGAGUCUCCUCAAACUUACAGCGUACUGUGACUUAAGUAAAAGUUAAUGGAUGCUAGUGCUCUGUACAGCUGCAGACACGUGCCCAGUUUUAUAUGCACACAGUUGGAACUUACAGAACACCGGUACACACAGGGCUUAAAUAGGAAUGUUACCAGGAAUGCACCUGAUACUGCACUGCAGAGACCUGAUCAGAACAUACUCUGCUCCUUUCCUGAAACUGUACCCCUUUAAAGGUCAGUGUUGGGGAGAGCAGUCAGAUUAUAUAUUUUCUUAACUGGAAAGAUAUGAGGUGAAACCGUAAGAUACAGCAACAGCGAGAUUUUAUGCAAGUUAGGCUUCCCAGAUCAGUCCUUAAAAAUUAACUCCUAUAAAAUAUGACUGGUUCACACCUUUACAUUUAGAAAUAUGGUCUACAGAUUGUGGUACAAAUUCCAUGGAGGGCAUUUUAUACUGCUACAAGUGCUAAAAGGCUACAUGCAGCAGAUCUCUGGGCUGGUUCAGUAAGACUAACAUUUGCAAGGCUUUCAUUUCCCUUUAAUGUUUAAUGCUGUGAAACACAGCAAUUAUCCACAUACCUUGUGUUUGCUUCUGCCUUGUCUUGGUGUAUUUUCCCUUAAUAUUUAACUUUCUAUUCUACUGCUUUAAAACUGACAUUUGAAAACGGAAAGCAAAUUAAAUAUGAGACAAUAUAUUUAAUUAUUAUUUUUAUGUGUAUUCAAAUCCUUUCCAUUUCUAGUUCGUCUCAUGCAAAUCUGUUCCUAGUCAAACUGGAGAGCUGUGGAAUAAAAGUUUAGUGGCAAUAUAACACAGGUUGCAAAGUUUGCACUGGGUCUAGUAAGCCAUAGCAGCCAGUCAGCAUAUACAAUCUACCAACUGUAUUCACAUUCAGAUUAAAAACAUUCAGUGCUGUUCCUCAUAGGAUGUCAGGCCACAUCCUUAAAUACAAUUCAAUAAACAACAAAGAAAAAAAGCAAGGACUCGCACACAAGAGUUUGCAAUAGGUCCAGUAACCCAUAAGAAUAAACCAGCAGGUAGCUGGUUGCUGAGGUUUGCUAGACCUGGGCACAUUUUGCAGCUAUUGGUACAUAGUACCUUCCCCUUUAGUACGUUAAAUACAAAAAAAGGACUAAUUGGUGGUAUUUUAGAUUUGCUCUGGUUACUACCUACUAAUUUAAUUUAAGGUAAAUGUAAUGGAAAUUUCUUGUAUCCCUCCUGACCCAGUGCUCCAUGUAGAUAUGUGCUUAUUCUGCAUAAAAAAUUGUGCUACAUUUCUCCUGUAUCGACAGUCAGAUUAAUUUAUGAAACUUGUUAUAUUGAAAUCGUGAGCUGAAUCAAAAUGAGGUGCUAAGGUACGUUUGAACUUAAUUUUAAGAUUCUGGAAGAGAGCUGAACAUGUGGUUGUGGGAAGUCGGAUAUGAAGUACUUUGUCAGUGUUACGUGCUAGUAGUUGAUAUAAGCAGAUUUGUAAAAAUAUAUAUAUGAUUUUGUUUUGCCAUAAUAAAGUGUGUAUUAUGUGCAGCAAAGGACUAUGGGAAGAAACACAUUCCUCUGAUGCCAAAUGAGGAAAUUAUUCAUCAGUUAAAAUGUUUUAUUUAUUCCUUACCUUGUUUAUCUUAGAAUCUGAACAUAAAUAUAUUAUUUUGUGUAUGUUUCAUAAUGUGCUAUGGCUGGUAACCAUAAAAUAACUUUUCAUUAACUACCA